AAGUGCAUUUAUAUUCAACUCUUUUUCCUGAUAUUGAUGUCUAUUCAGACACUUGAGGCACCUCCAAACACUUCCUUAACCUCUCCACCUAUACUCUAUACACACACCUAUACACACACUCAUAUUUUCAUCCUCGCCGGCGACUUUUCCGAUCUCAUUUUCCGAUGGGUAAGCUCGCGGCCACCACCACCAUACUCUGCGCCGCUGCCGCCACCGCCGCCGCCGUCCUCAUCAUCCGCCACCGCAUGAAAAGCUCCGGCAAGUAUGCGAAAACUUUGGAGAUACUCAAGGAGCUCGAGGAGAAGAUGGGCACGCCGGAGGCGAAGCUCCGGCAAGUCGCCGAUGCCAUGAGUGUGGAGAUGCAUGCGGGUCUUGCUUCAGAAGGGGGCAGUAAGCUGAAGAUGCUCAUUAGCUUUGUCGAUAAUCUUCCUACUGGGGAUGAGAAAGGAUUAUUUUAUGCACUGGAUCUUGGUGGGACAAAUUUCCGCGUUCUCCGUGUACAGUUGGGUGGGAAGGAAAAGCGUGUUGUUAAGCAAGAGUUUGAUGAAGUUUCGAUUCCUCCAAAUUUAAUGGUUGGAACAUCUGAUGCAUUAUUUGAUUUUAUUGCUUCUGCACUUGCGAAAUUUGUUGCCACUGAAGGUGAAGAUUUUCAUCUGUCCCCUGGUAGGCAAAGAGAGCUGGGUUUUACCUUCUCAUUUCCAGUUAAACAACUAUCAAUUGCAUCUGGGACUCUCAUUACUUGGACAAAAGGCUUUUCUAUAGAAGAUGCGGUUGGAGAGGAUAUUGUGGCAGAGUUAUCAAAAGCAAUUGAAAGAGUUGGUCUUGACAUGCGUGUGGCUGCUCUGGUCAACGAUACCAUCGGAACCUUGGCAGGAGGAAGAUACAACAACCCAGAUGCAAUUGCUGCUGUGAUUUUAGGUACUGGAACUAAUGCAGCAUAUGUAGAGCGGGCCCAAGCAAUACCCAAGUGGCAUGGUCUGCUGCCUAAAUCUGGAGAGAUGGUUAUCAAUAUGGAGUGGGGUAACUUCCGGGCAUCACAGCUUCCACUAACAGAGUAUGAUCAUGCUCUAGAUGUUGAGAGUUUGAACCCUGGCGAGCAGAUAUUUGAGAAAAUCAUUUCUGGCAUGUAUCUGGGAGAGAUUGUGCGCAGAGUUCUGCUCAGGAUGGCUGAAGAAGCUGCCUUAUUUGGUGACAUCGUGCCACCAAAACUGAGGACCCCCUUUAUACUACGGACUCCUGUCAUGUCUGCGAUGCAUCAUGACUCAUCUUCUGAUCUCAAAGUGGUCGGGACCAAACUCAAGGAUAUUUUGGAGAUUACCAAUACAUCUUUGAAGGCAAGAAAAGUAAUUGUAGAGGUCUGUGAUAUCGUUGCGUCUCGCGGGGCCCGCCUCUCUGCUGCUGGGAUAUUGGGUAUUCUCAAGAAGCUAGGAAGAGAUGUAGUAAAGGAUGGGGAAAAGCCUACUUCAGUAAUAUCACUAGAUGGCGGACUAUUUGAACACUACACCAAAUUCAGAAAUACAAUGGAGAGCACUUUGAAGGAGUUGCUUGGAGAGGUUGGUGAAACCAUUGUCAUUGAGCAUUCAAAUGACGGUUCGGGAAUCGGAGCUGCCCUCUUAGCAGCCUCUCACUCACAAUACCUUGAAGUCGAAGAGUCUUAACCUUGGGGCCAGUUUACUCUAGAAAGGAAGAAGCUUUACAGUUUGUUUUUGUAAAUUUUCCCACUUCCUUCAUAGCAGCCCCCCUGAGUCUUCAAUGUGUACCUUUCUUUAGUUAAGAAUCAUGCCAGAACCUUGAUCUAUGAUCGCAUGAGCUUGUAACCAAGCCGGUGUGUUUAAUAUGCUGUUGUAGAGUAGAGCGCAGCAAGAUUUUGCAGAAAAAACUUGGUGAAUACGUCCCUGCCUUCCCCUUUGAAGGGUUUUAGGGGAUGGUACAGAUGUAAGUUCAUUUUCUAAAGCGUUGGAGAAAUAAAUUUAUGGGAUUGAUCGAGGCA